GCAGAGAAAUUGUAGCCGAUCCUGCGAGUUGUUUAUAUCUACGGAAUAAGGCAUUCCUUGAAACCGACACGAGAAUUCAGGAAGAAGGUAUCAUCCAUCUUAAGCAAUGGGGCUUAAGCCUCUUGAGUUCGAAGAUUGCAUUUUGGAUAGUCCGUAUUUCCGUGAGAACAUCCACGAACAUGAACGGGAGCUGGAAAGAACGAACGAGGCCAUCAAGGGCCUCAUCAAAGAAUGUAAGACUUUGUUGAAGGCGAUCGAAAAUUUAUCCAAAGCACAACGUAGCUUUGCAAAUGUGCUGAAUGGCUUUGGGUUGGAAUGCAUUGGUGAAGUAGAGACUGACGAUGAGAUGAUUAUUGCUGAUUCGCUGAAGGAAUUUGCUAGCAUGAUCACUAGUGUUGAAGAUGAACGAGAAAGAAUGUUAAACCAUGCAAAUUCACAGCUGAUAGUACCGCUAGAGAAAUUCAGGAGAGAGCAGAUUGGAGGAGCAAAGGAGGAAAAAAAGAAAUUUGACAAGCAGACAGAAAAAUAUUGUUUAACAGUCCAGAACUACUUGAAUCUUUCUUACAAGAAGAAAGAAACCAUUCUGAGUGAGGCGGAUCAACUACUUCAAUCAGAGAGGCGUCUUUUCCAUCAGUCUGCCCUUGAUUAUGUUGUCAAACUUCAAGAGGUCAAUGAGAAGAAGAAGUUUGAAUUUGUUGAAACUAUUUUAUCUUUUAUGUAUGGGCACCAAACAUUUUUUCACAGCGGGCAUGAAGUAUUUAAAGACUACGUUGAGUACAUGAAAGAUCUUCAACUGAAACUUCAAAAUACUCGAGAACGAUUUGACACGGCCAAAGAAGAAGCUGAAAGCCUCAUGAGUCGAGUACAAAUGAAAGCUCAAAGUGGUGAGCUACAGUAUCGUGGUGCACAUACAAGGCAAGGAUAUCUGGCAGUGCAGAAGAAAGGAAGCCUUGGUACCAAUACUUGGCACAAACAUUACUGUAUGUACACAAAGGAAAACAAGAUUCUCACCAUGAUUCCAUACACGCAGACUCAGGGACGACUGAAUGCAUCAACUGACACAAUGGUUGUAACAUCUUGCAUCAGAAGAAUGACAGAUUCUAUAGACAGAAGAUUUACAUUUGAAAUUACUGCUGAGGAAAGAUCACAACCUAUCUUAUUGCAAGCACAGGGUGAGGAUGAUAGAAAGUCUUGGUUGGAAGCCAUGGAUGGCAAAGAACCUUUGUAUGAGGAUUUCAAUAACCUACCCAAGCUUAAAGAUGAGGAAACACGUGAUCUUGAACUCACUUUUAUCACCAAGUGUAUUUCGGCAGUGGAAAAACGAGGUAUAACAGACCAAGGUCUUUACAGAAUAGUUGGUGUGGGUUCCAAGGUCCAGAAUCUUUUGUUACAAUGUAUUGAAAGGAAGAAGGCAAAGACAGUUGACCUUGCAGACCAGGAAUGUGAAUGGGAAGUCAAAACCAUUACCAGUGCACUUAAACAGUACUUGAGGAACAUGCCAGAGCCUUUGUUUACAUACAACUACCAUGAACAAUUCCUGGAAGCUGUUAAAAAAGAUACAUUCGAGAAACGAGUUGAGGCCUUGAAGUGCCUUGUGGCUGAAUUACCUGAAGAAAACAGGAAGUUAAUAAGAAUGAUUAUGAAACAUUUAACACAGGUUGCGGCUCAUUCCAAUAGGAACUUAAUGGCGGCAAGCAACCUUGGAGUUGUGUUUGGUCCAACAUUGAUGAAAUCUAGAGAGGAAUCUAUGGCUGCGAUCAUGAAUUUGAAAUACCAGAGUAUUGUUAUUGAGCUGCUUAUCAAAGAGUUUAACACAAUUUUUGGGCCUGAUCCUAGUCCGGAUUCAGGGGAAGAUUCUACUGAUUCCUCUCCAAUUGUAGUAGAGAACAACACAGGGAAUCCCUUCUUAGAAGAAAAAGAGAAUGAUUCUACGCACUUCUACGAAAAGCCCAAACCUCUCCCUAAGAAGAGAAACAGUGAUGAUACUGGUGCUAAAAUAAAUGAAGCCAAACCUGUUACACCCUCCAAGCCUCUACCCCUCCCCACUAAAGGCUACCGUGCCCCACCCCCUCCGAACAAACCAGCUCCGUAUGCGAGGCCGAAAGUCAGAGCCAUUGUUGCGACAGAUUCCGAGGACGAUCUUAGCAGUUUGUCUGAGUCUUCAAGUGCAAAUUCAACCCCUCAGAGUGAAGGGAAAGGGCCGUUAUCUCCAAGGGAUUUUUGGAGAGAAAAAACUGCAAAUAAACCAGUACCUCCUCCGAAGAAACCUGAAGUAGUCGCUGAGUUUAAGAGCAGAUUUGAAGGCUCUUCAAGACCUUUUUCUAUGGUUGAUCCCAUAAACGAUAAGGCAAAGGAGAAGUCUUCUGGUAUUCGCCGUGCUAGCAGUCAAGGGGGAAGCCUUAACAGGGGAGUGCAGUCUUGGGGGACGGGGCCUCCCCCUCUCCCUAAGGAACCCCCGCCGGUAGAUGAACCGAAGCCAUCUCCAGCUACCAAAACACCGAGGAAAGUCAGGACGAUAUAUCCCUGUGUAGCGGAGAACAGUUCGGAGCUUUCGUUUGAUGCUGGCACAGUAAUUUCAAAUGUGCGCCCUUCGAAAGAACCUGGCUGGCUUGAAGGUACGCUGAACGGAAGGACAGGUCUUGUUCCUGAGAAUUACGUUGAAACUAUCACGUAGCUGACUUUUUAAUAUAUCAGAGAUUUAGGAUAUUUUAAUUGGUGAUCAAGGAGAUAGAAUUCCUUCCAAAAAGACGUAUUCGGCAUUAAACGUAGUUAUCAAUACCUACUUUAAUGCUAACUGAAACGGAAAAGAUAUUCGUUAAAAUGAUGUAGCUAUGAAGAGUUCUAAGACAUGAUGAGUAGCCAGACAGACGGAAGGCGUGGAAAAUGUUUCGUCAGUUUUCAACACGGAAGUGGAUAUGCAUGUGUUUGUAGCAUGAAGAGGCACGUGUGCAGCGUGAUCUGAUCGGUUAUGGAGUUGAUCCCACGUGAACGAAGUAAGAUCGGUGAAAUCUUCCUUUCUCCUAAGGAGAAACAAACGAGCUUAGAAACCAUGAGAAUUGUUAUUGCUGGAACGCCGAAAUCGCGAUGGGUUAAUUUUUUAGACAGCGUAUUGUUAAGAAAACGAUUUGCGAAUCUUCUCACUAUUUUUAUUAAUCAUUUUUUACGUUGCUGGUCAACUGAUUUUUUGUUUAAGUCUAGACAAGGUUAUCGACAGUAAGAAUGCUGAAACUCCCGCAGUGUUCUGUAGGACUCAGGAACAUCUGCCUUAAUUUUCAUCAUGAAAGUGAAGACAUUAUUCACACGUGCAGGGUUAUUCGCUGUGGAUUGGUUGUCAAUCAUGUCUCUCUCUCUCUCUCUCUCCCCUUUAUUUUUUUUUGUAAAUUGAAUUUUAAUGAAAAAUGAUUUUUAAAACAAAUAGAUGUAAGCUUAGGGGUGUUGCAAUGUGUCUGAAUUUUCUGCUAGAAGAGAGGUUUUUUUUCUAAUUUUAAUAUUUGCUGAAUUGAGGUGAAAUUUUAUGCAAUCGGUUACAGCCUCUGAAUUUAACAUGCUGUUCUCGCACUUUUCUAUAGUUUCUGUUCUUGACGACGAUAUGGCGUGAUUUUUAAGUAAAAAACUUCAUCCUUCUAUCCGUCACGUGAUUAUUCGUUACGUGACAUUGAUACAUCGUGUGCCACCCCUAGCAAGUCUAGUCUUUUAGAACGCAGUUGCUCUAAGCUUAGGAUUAGGAUUGAAUUAUGAUAAACAAGACCUUAAGGAUUUUGAAAGUCUUGGAAAAUGUUUCAAUUUUAUUUUUACUCUAUUUGUCUGAUUGAAAUCAAAUUUGCAAAUCCACCUUUGAAUUUGUGUUCGUUAUUUUUCUGAUUAUAACGGGGAGCUGGCUUCUUCAAGUAAUCAGUGGAGAGUUCCUUGCGUGACACUCUUGGUGUUACUUCAAUAAAGUCACGUAAUAGGUCAAAGGUUAUGGUUGGUAGUCGCUGGUUCCUUGACUUUGUAGGACUGUUCGAAAAUGUGUGAAUAAUUCAAGCUUAAUUUGGCAAAAAAAUCAGUCAAUUCAUGGACCAUAUUUGGCCAGAUGUGAUUAGGUCAUUAAAUAAUAAUACUACAUUAUUAGACUACCUAAGCUCGCUAGCCCUGCUGAGAAUCAAACUUGACUUGUGCAAUAAUUAAGCGCUUCUGAUUAUAUCGCGAAUAUGUAAGAAAAAGAAAGAAAUAUAUUAAAAAUCUCUUUUACUGUA